AUUAACAACAGAUAGCGCAUCCCCGAAGCCCACCAGCAGCGCCCCGUAGUGUUUUGACAGGGAUUUGACAGUGACUUGAUAAAAUCCUACAGUUUAUCAAGAUAGAAGAGACUGCUAUGCCCCAACGAUAACAUUAUCAAUAAUCCAAUCGUUUAUUUCCUGGAAAGUUAAGUACAUCCACUGGUGUAAAUAUAUUUUAACAGAAAUACAUCUGCAAUGUCACUGUCAAAGCCAUCCCAGAUCCUCCUGGACUUCGUGGGCACUUAUUUAAGUAAUUUGUACACAAAUCCCAUCAGGACAAAGGCCGUUACUAGUUGUUUAUUGGCUGUAACUGGAAAUUAUAUAUCUCAGAGAAUUGCAGGAGUUAAGGAGAUCAAUCAUGAUAGCAUCCUCGCCUUCGGAUUAUUCGGAUUAUUGUUUGGAGGACCAGUGCCCCAUUAUUUCUAUCAAUAUAUUCCUUUUGUAACGAGGCAUCCUCUGAGAAUUUUACUCGUUGAGAGAUUGAUCUAUGCCCCACUUUUUCAAGGAUUCGCCCUAUAUAUGCUCGCUAGACUCGAGGGAAAAUCUCACGAAGACUCCUACAAGAAUAUGCAGAAGCUUUAUCUGCCAAUUUUACUCGCAAAUUACAAAUAUCUGACUCUUCUGCAAUUCAUCAACAUUCGCUUCGUCCCACCAAUGUUGCGAGUUCUGGUGGUGAAUUUGAUUGGAUUUCUAUGGGCAAUUUACCUAACGAGUGCUCGUUCUAAGGCCUCAAACAAACGGAGAGAUUAGUCAAUGAUCGAUUCUAUAAACAAGUGAUCAAAAAAAUGAGCAUUACAUUCCAGACUUUUUUGUAUUUACAAUUGUUAUGAAAUCAGAGAAUAAUAAAUUUUCAAUGGAUUUUCUUUAUUAUCGUUAA